CGCAACGACCCGUUGUUAUAUUUUUCAACAACGGCUGUUGGUGAAUUGUGCACGAACGUGCUCAAAUUGACACCGAGACGUGGUCAACUUUCGGUACCAACAACAGCCGUGCUUAAUUUGUCCAUUUGUAAUAUUGGUAAUUGCAGCCGAUUACACACGAGUAAAAAAUGACAACGGUGGUGCAUGAUUCACACACGGUCGUUGUCAAUAUGACACCGGUCGUGUAUGAAUUAUGCACCACCACCUGCAUAAUGAUGCACCACCGUUGUUACUUUGUACACCGACGUGCAUGAAUCGUACACGAUCGUUGCCAUUUUAGCAACUACCGUGUAUGAAUCAUGCACCACCGUUGUCAUUUUUUUUACUCGUGUGCAAUCGGCUGCAUAUUUACCAUUUUUUCCGUGUUAUUGAAAGAGAAAGGACGCAUUGUGCAAAAAAUUUAUUGAAAAUGAAUAAUAAUUCGCAAGAUCCUCAAAAUAUCAUUGGUGAGUUGUUAGAAAUCGAUGGCAAUAUUGUUGUGGUUCGCGAUACAAACCAUUGCAGCAGUCAAGAUGCGGAAAACAAUGAGGACGAUUAUAUGUUAAGGGAGUUCUUAAAAGGAAUAAAUAUGGAGUCGCUUUUUGAACAAUUAAAAGCAUCACAUGUAACAUUUCGCAGCUUGCAGUACUUGAAAAAAGAAGAUUUAAAGGAAGCAGUGCCACCAUUGGGACUGCGUGUUGAAUUCAGAGAAAAGCUCUUUGCUUGGAAAAAACGAAAGCUCGGGAUUGAUGACGAAACUAUGUCAGUUCCAUCUAAAAUAGGUGAAUGGUGGAAACGCAACGAGACACCUGCAAGUACUCCUGGUACUCCCGACACUACAGGUUCGAACUGCUCAAAAGCCAAAGGAAUUUUGUCAGAGGAUCUAACGGAAUUGUUAACACAUACCUCGAAGGGGAAACUAGCGCUUGAAUGUAGUAGCGUUAAUAAGAAAUUAAGUGACGAGCAAAGAGAUGAUAUAAUUAAUAUAAUUAUUGAAGAUAUUUUAACCAACAAUGUUACUCUUUACACUCAAGACUAUAUGCGCAUAUUGGAUGAAAUUUGUUCCGUUUUUCCUCUUGAAAACGAAAUGAGGGAUUAUUAUUACAUUUCAAGAAAAGGAAAGAACAACGCAAGCGGAAAACUUUAUGCCAAGUAUAGAAACAAGAAGUCCAAAAGAAUAAAGCUUUUGAUUUCCGAGCCUAGCACAAGCAAAGCAGCAACUCACACAUCUCCUAAUUUUUGUAACAAAGAUGUUCCCGAAAUUGAUGAAUCAGUUGAAAAUUCAUUGAAAGCUUCCUUACUAAGAGAAUGUAAUGAUUGGGGAUCGAUCUGCGAAAAAUGGAAAAGAUCUUUUAACAUACGGCAAAGAGAUAUAAAAAAUUUAAGUAGCCAUACAUUUCUCCUUGAAUGGACGAAGUUGUCCGAUGCAAGAGCUUCAGAAUUGGUAAGUAGCCAUGAGCUAUUUAUUUGUAUAUGGAUACUAAUGUUUCGUUUUAGGUUUUUUUAAUACCAAUUUUAGAUUUUAUU